CUACCGAUUUCGACGAUGAUAGUAGAGAACGCACUCCCUCCCCCUUGUUUCAGACAUCAGCUCUUGCUUCUUCUUCUUUUUCUCUCCUACAACUAACCUUACAAUUAUUCAUUGUGGAGUAUUCUCUCCUACCUCUGGCUCAUGUAACAUCAUUAUCUACAGGCAGACUGCUGCAAUUACAGAAAUCCAGUGAACAUGGCAUUGCAAGUGCUGCAGAUGGUGGUGACCAUGCUGAUCUUUCUGGUGGGUGUAACCCUGAACGGCCUAGUCGUUUGGGUGUUGGGCUUCCGUGGGAGGAAAAAGAGUGGCUCCAUCGGAGGUGAAACCCAGGGUGCUGGAAGCUUCCGGAUCUAUGUUGUGAACCUGGCUCUGGCUGACCUGAUGCUAAUUUUGCGCACACCGGUCAUGUUAGGCUAUCUAGCAAACAACUUUGCCUGGCCAUUUGGAAAGCCAGUGUGCCAGCUGGUAAUGGUCCUGCGCUGCCUAGGAUUAUACGUUGGAGCCUUUUUGCUGAGUGCCAUUGCACUGGAACGAUGCUUGUGCAUAUUACGGCCUGUCUGGGCUCGAAUGAGGCGCCCACGCUGGGUGGUUCCACUUGUCUGCACCCUGCUGUGGGCAUUGGCUUCAGCCCUUUCCGUGCCCUACAUCACAGCUGCUGGACUUAUAAACGAUAAAAAUAAUCGUACCCAAUGUUUAGAAAAUGUUAAUGGAACUGGAAAAACGAUGUUGCUUGUGUUGGAGUCAGUGGCAGGAUUCAUGCUUCCGUUGCUAAUUUUCUUAUCCUGCAACGUGGCUGUAAUUGUUACUGCUAGGAGGGCCGAGAGUGGCGCGCCAGGGUUCAGUGCGACUGCCUCAACACCAACCUCCCCAACUGGAUCUAUUUACACAUCACAAAGGAUGACCCGCCUCUACCGAAUCCUGUUCCUCACUAUGCUCCUGUUUCUCACUUGUUGGGUGCCAUACUUCACCUGCCGUUUCCUCAAUGCCCUGGCUGCUAAUCGGGCUGAUUGGAAUAACCUUAAAAUAGGCGCACAAAAGGGCAUAUACGUGUCACUGUUCCUGGUGUACCUUAAGAGUGCACUCAACCCGAUUUUGUACGUGUUCGCCGCUCGCGGCCUGAGGCGCUCUCUGCGAACCUCGUUGCUCUCGACAAUUGUGCGAGUCUUCAACGAGGAUAUGUCCGAAUCACUGCGCAGGAAGUCCCUGCGAAGAAAAGACUCACAGAUUUGAGUACAAAGUCUGUGGAUAACUGUGGAGAUUGCAAAAUUUGUUUGCGCUCUUGAGAAAGCGGUGGACAAAAUAAAGAGAAGUGAAAUGUGAAGUGAAAAGAGUUGCUGACAAAAAGUCCAUCGGAGGGUGUAAAAGACAGGACAUGAAUCUCAAAAAUGGACUCGCUGUAAUUUUUUUUAAUGUAGAGAGAACGGGUGAACUUUUAGAAUCGAUGGAGUACAUUUCACUCUAAUUGCACUUUUAUUAUAGAAAAGACAAACUGUAAAAAAAAUCAUUCAUACCUUUUUCUUGCUCAACAUUUUUCAGUGACAUUGUCACAGUAAUAAGGAAUCCCAGCUGAGAUAUUGGAGAUAUCAGGAAUAGUAGCUGAUCGAGGACAGUUAUAACAGCCUAGAUAUGAAACUCUGGAAUCUUUGUUUCUGCAUGGUGCACAGAUGAGCCGAUCCAGAAAGACUGAAGGAUUAAAAUGCUGCUGCAUCGUCUCUUUAGGUAGACAUGCAGCAAAGGGGCUUUUUUUUAUAUAUAUAAUAUAUACUUUCAGGCAAUUUUUAAGUGUGUUGUUGUUGUUGCACUAUUAAAAAAAAGAAUAAACAUCUAUUUUUG